AUGAGUGAAUGUCGUCGGUCGGUACUCUCUUGCGCUCGCUGUCGCAGAAGGAAAAUCAAAUGUGAUCGGGCCAUCCCCUGUGGCCAGUGCAUCGCCGCAAAGUCGGAAUGCACCGGCUUUAGUUCCAAGGACCAAGAUCCCACCAUUCCGAGGAGCAUCGUUCAGCAUCUUGAAUCUGAGAUUGCAAAGGUCGAAGGGGAACUCGCCCGCAAUGGCCAUUUGGAAGAACUCAACGCGUCGGACAUUCUGGCGGGAAUGCCUACCAACGACGGCAUUCCUAUUGAGGAUCCCGCAUUACCAAUCAUUGAUCUGCCCAUCUCCAAGAAAGAAGACACGCCCAAAUUGACGCUCAAUGUCGAUGGUCUAUCCCCACCGACUGCACCGAGAGACACGAUUCGAGAUGAAGUCAUGAGUUGCGGCGAAUUGCAGGCAAUGAUCUUUGCCAUUCUCCCAACAGGCCCCGGCAUUACCGAUCUCAUCUCGAGAGUUCGCAUGAGCCUGACGCCGUCAACCGCCAUAGCAUCAGGAUCCCCCCGAGAAGCGCGCAGAAAAUCCAUCUCACGGGCCAGCCAUGAAGUCAGCUGUACAAUGCUCAAAUCUAUCCCAACUCCCAUUCUGCGAAGUCUCAUCAAGAAAUACAUGACCAGGGUCUAUCCCAUCUACCCGGUUCUCCAUGCUCCCUCACUAUGGCAGCAGCUUGAGCGAGUCAUCAAGACGCUGCAAGAACUCCCCGAAAAGCAUCGCGCUGUUCCUCCGUCCUUUGAUUUUCUCAUCAUUUACCUCAUGCUUUCUAUCUCGGCUACACUGGGCAGUGCACGAACAGGCCACGAGGCCAAGCACAUGGUAUUCUCGGGGUCUCUCUUCGAGGAAGGCAUUCAACAUCUGACCGACAAGGCCAAGAUUCCCUCCGACCUUGCUGGGAUCCAGGUCACGCUUAUGGUUCUCCAAUAUGCGUCUAUCAACCCUCGGCUUGCCAACGUCUGGAUGUUAACCGGGGCUGCCAUGCGCGCAUGCCUAGAACUUGGUCUCCAUCGUGAAGCGCCCGAGGCUCUGAACUUUGACCCUUUGACUCUGGAUCUUCGGCGACGUCUUUUCUGGUCAGCAUAUAAUUUCGAUCGUGCCAUCUGUUCGGCACUACAGCGGCCACUCUCCAUUCCAGACCAGACCAUUGACGCUCGGUUCCCCUCCAUUCUUGACGAUAAGCAUAUCCACCCCACUGGCAUCGAUCCAACAGGUGCUGAAACCAAAAUUCACAUGUUGCGAUGGGUGCAUUUCCGUCGCUUGCAGAGCGCCAUGACUGAAGUGCACUUCCAAGGCAAGCCUCUCGAACCCGGGCAGUCGUGGGAAGACUGGCUUGUCUCGAUGGAAAGACGUCUCCAGGCGUGGUAUGAAGAUUAUAAUGACGGUCAUGAGUUGACCGAAUUCACCCUGGCGCAUGGCUUGACCAAUCUACAUCGCCCAUCACCUCGAGUACCCUUGCCAGGGCCCAGAAGUCUAAUGGUGGCGUUUGAGGCUGCCUGCUCCAGCGCCAAAUGCCUACGCGACCACAUCCUAACAGGUUUCUAUCGGCGUUCGUGGCUGAUCGCUCAUCAUGUGCUGGAAAACAGUAUGGUCGUGCUCUUCUGUCUUCGCCACGGCUUUGACGCCAUCUCGUCUCGCUUCAAUGCCCAGCAAAUCUUCGAAAUGACCAAGGUCUUCACAGCGAACUUUUUGGCCCUCGCCGCGCAGGGAUGGAACGAGGUAUCCAACUACGCCGGCGUGUAUGAGCGCCUUUUAGGACCACUACUGGAGUCCGUCUUUUCAAAUCGGCCUCCUUCUCUAUCAUCGUUCGGUCCUGCACAGGAUGCGGAACUCACGCGCCUGCUCUAUCCCGGACCUGCUCAGCUCGAUAAACUCCGCUUCGGGAGCCGCUCAGGGCUUGAGGGAGACGGACUACCUGCAUUUGACGUCGGCACGUUGAAUUGGGAGGAGUUCAGCGUAAGUGACUCAAGGUCAGCGAGUGCGGAGGGAUUCGUUGCAGGAUGGGAUCUGUUUGAUCCCAAUGCGGUGGGAAGUGGAGGUCAUGAUUUGGUCUUUGGGAUGGCGUGA